CAGCCUACGGUGAGUGAGGUGUACGAACUAGUGUCCAAUACAAGAGAUUCUGGCAUGGAGAUCUGCCCGAAGUUUGUAAGAAUUCCAGUUACAUCCCAUGGAAGUUUAUUAGGUACCGCAAGGAUCAUUCCCGUGUAAGUGUGAUGUAGCUUCCCUUACGCUUUGUUGCAUACUCUUCCCAAGUGGGGCAUACCCUCACCAAUGCCGAGGAUUCGAGAGCUCUAGUGAGAAUCGCGCAAUAAGAGGACUGCACAUACUGGGCCUGCCCCGAUUGCGGACGAUCUACCAGAGGUAGUGUCAAUUACGACGUCUCAAUGUGAUGUCCUUCACUCAGUCCUUCAUCCGUUUGCCAAUCCUUAGGCCGCCAACAGUUACAAAGGCCUCAGUUCGCCGCCUCCACUUAGCCAUGGCGCUGAAUGGCAAGUUGCAGCCAGCUGCCCGCGUUUCCGGGCGGAGACAGGAUGUCUGGACCAUCAUCAACGAGGCUGCGGCAGCAUCGCCAAAGCAACCAAUCGUGAACAUGGGUCAGGGUUUCUUCGGAUACAACCCCCCCGAGUUCAUCCUCAACGCUGCCAAGGCUGCCUUGGAUAGGGUCGAAUGUAAUCAAUACAGUCCCACCAAGGGCCGUCCGAGGCUCAAGAAGGCCAUUGCCGAUGCGUACUCUCCUUAUUGGGGUCGAAAACUGGAUCCGGAGACAGAAAUAACUAUUACGACCGGUGCCAAUGAAGGUAUGCUCAGUGCCUUCAUGGCUUUCAUUGAGCCAGGAGACGAAGUCAUCAUCUUUGAACCAUUUUUCGAUCAAUACAUCAGCAACAUCGAGAUGCCGGGCGGGAAGAUCGUUUACGUGCCAAUGCACCCGCCAGAGAACGGAGGAGUAGAAACCACAUCCGCAGGGGACUGGACUAUUGACUUUGAAGAACUCGAGAGAGCUGUCACGCCCAAGACGAAGAUGAUGGUGCUCAACACUCCUCACAACCCUGUUGGCAAAGUCUUCUCACGAGAAGAACUGCAGAAGAUCGCCGACAUCUGCCUCAAGCAUGAGAUCAUCAUCUUGUCCGAUGAGGUCUAUGACCGCCUGUACUACGUCCCCUUCACUCGAAUUGCUACUCUCUCGCCCGAGGUCGAGAAGCUUACCCUGACGGUCGGAUCUGCCGGCAAGAACUUUUAUGCCACCGGUUGGCGAGUUGGUUGGGUCAUGGGACCGGCGGAGCUUGUUCAAUAUGUCUCGGCGGCGCACACGCGCAUUUGUUACUCAUCGGUUUCUCCUUUGCAGGAAGCCUGCGCCGUUGGAUUCGAGCAAGCCGAGUCAGAGGGCUUCUGGGACGAGUCCAUCAGGGAUAUGAAGGGCAAGAUGGACCGCUUCAACGAGGUCUGGAAGGAGCUUGGGGUCCCCUACUCGGAGCCCGAAGGCGGGUACUUUGUGAUGGUGAACCUCAGCAAGGUCGAAUUGCCCAAGGACUACCCCUUCCCGCCUCACGUAGCCGAGCGGCCGAGGGACUUCAAGCUCGCCUGGUUCUUGAUCCAGGAGGUCGGGGUUGCCUCCAUCCCGCCCACCGAGUUCUACACGGAUGCGAACGCGUCGAUUGUCGAGGACUAUCUCCGCUUCGCCGUCUGCAAGCCGGACGACGUGCUGGAGACGGCCAAGGAACGGCUGCGAGGACUGAAGAAGUACAUCCGUUGAGUAGAUGCGUUGACUUGGGAGACAUUGGGUAGACAGUAGAACAGAUAUGAAUCGAACCAUCCGACCUUCGCACCCGCGGAUGCUACUCUC